ACAUAAAUACUUUUUUAAAAAAAAUAUUAAUCGAGACGUGCAAAUACUCGCGAAUAUUUCAACACCAACUAAAUACCCACAUAUGGAUAGGACAUGAAUAUCAUUUUUAUCAAAUUAGGGUAACAGAUUUACUCAUGGUCACCAAAAUCAACAGGUAACGGUAUCAAUUAUCAUGGCUUUCUCCAUCUUCUUCAAUAUCACAUGAUAUCACAGAAAUGUCUUCAAUCACCGAAUGGAAACGGUUAAAUAUAAAUGCUAAACUAAAAUAUUUCUACAUAAUUCAGAAAUCCUCUCAAAAAAAUAAUAAUUCAGAAUGUAACGUAACGUAGGAGUAGUAGUAUACAUUUUAUUUUCCUUUUUUCCAUACAAAAUUCAAUGCUACAAUAAAUAAACAACAGUCCAAAUAUUAAACCCACCUCUGCAACCAAGCAAGCAAUAAACACAAACGUAUUAAAUAGUUUAUUCUCAAAACUAAUUCCUUUCUUUCUUUGUCUUCUUUCUUUCUUUCAUUUUCUUGUACAAGAAAAUAAAUUGCUUCUAUAUACUCCUUUCUCCGGGUGCUCUAGAUAAAGAAAGCUAGCUGAUUCCUGGUUCAACAUUUUCUAAAGAAACUAAUUUCAUGUUAGUCAGAGAUUUAAUGGAAAAAAAGCAGCUAAACCUUAACCGGCCACUUUUAUCAGUAAGGAGAGUCACAUCAAAAAUAGCUUCUGAAUCAGACAACAAAAGGAAAAGUACUGAUAAUCCUCUUCCUUAUUACAAAUCAGAGUUAAAUUCAGGUCCAGUUAGAAAUGCCGGCGCUAUUCCUUUUCAAUGGGAGAAAACACCGGGAAAACCGAAAGAUAUGUCAGUUAUUGAGGAGGGAAUUGGAAGCACUGUUUCCAAUCCUCAAAAUACUGCAUGUUUGGAUAAAAAAGUAAUAAAACAUGAGAGUGAAGAAGAUGGAAUCGAGGAGAAGGUAAAUUCUGAUUCUGAUUCAGAUGACGGAGAUGAGAGUUUUCAAGAUGCUUGUGACACACUUUCGAGGACUGAAUCAUUCGUCACACGCUGCAGUAUGAGUGUAUAUGAUGAUCAUGAGGCACAAGUCAACCCCUAUGGAAGUUUCUCAGGCGAUGAAAAGGCUCGCGAUUUCAUGAUUGAUCGGUUUUUGCCUGCUGCAAAGGCAAUUAUAUCUGAAAAUUCUCAACGUGCUUCCAAGAAGCCGGUACUUAUCGGACAAGGACAAAAAAAACAGCCUUGGAAAAUUGGAAGUGCUGAAAAGUCAUCUCCUCUUAAUCAGCAUAGACCAAAAUCGUUGCGGCAUAAGGAAGGAGGCAUAUUAGAAAGUGAUGGUUCACAAAACUUUCCAACUAAUACUACAGCUUGUGGACUAUUUCCUCACUUUUGCCUUUCGAAUCCAAUGCCAGGAGUAAGAACGGAGAAUAAGGUUCAAAACAAUGCAGGCUGUAAUUCUACUGCUUCUCCAAUUGAAACUAAAAAAGAGCAGCAUGCUAGACCUCAACUUGAAAGGGGAUGUGGCGAGCCGUUAGCCCGUGAUAGCACUCAACUUGAAACUAGCUAUGAAAGCCCUAUAGUUGAGAAAAUUCUAUAUGUUGAUUCUAUACAGAAGACAAAGUUCCAAAUGAAUCACAAAGGAGAUUUUUCGCUUGAUAAUAGCCAACGGCUGGAUGUUGUAAAUGUGAAGGCAGCAUCAGAAGCUAAAAUUUUGCAAUCUCUUGAUUUAGAACAUGCAGUGGAAGAUAAUGAUGGGAAGAUUGACUUAUAAAGUGAAUGUGGUGUGAAUUUAGGCUAUCAGGAGCUAUCUGAUGCAACAAACUUUUUUGAGAUUCCUCUUGUCCUUCCUCCCCUGAAAGCUCCAUCAGAGUCUUGGCUUAAGCGCACUUUGCCUACCAUUUCGACAAAGAACACAUCUUCAAAGUCUAAGCCUUGCUGCAAGUAUUCAUUCAUGACAGCGUCACUGUGUCCCAAGCGGGAAACAAUUGUUAAUUCUUCUAAUAUGCAACAUGGUGUCGUGCAGCUCCAUGAGGAACGGCUAAAACCGAUUGCAGAAGAUUGAAUUUUUCAGAGUGAAGGGUUUUAUAAGUUGACUACUUGCUCAAAUGUACAACAUUUUUGGUAGUGUAAGAUUUGGAUCACUUUGUGUUGCCAUGCUUUUGGUAACUUUAUAACUGUAAAUCAGUGUUCCCUUUUAGUAUCUUUGUAAAUGUGAUCAGUAUUUUUGUCAUUUUCAUUGUAAAUUACAUCAUUCUUUAAGGUGAUAUAUAUGUUCAUGUGAUAUAAUAGCAACUUCACUAGGCCAGAGCCUAU